GUUUGCGGAUUCAAUUAAGGGCCUCGUGUUCAACGUAGAACAACGUCGCACACGUAUUGUUGUUAACUUUGAAAUAAUAAUCAAAAAAUAUAAGAAAAAAUAAAAAAUACAAGUGUUUUUGCAAACUAAUAAAAAAAAAAGAUUUCUUUCUUUGAAAAGAAAACAGGAAUUUUUUUUUAAUUCUGUAAAGAAAGAAAAAAUAAAACCAACUAAAUAUAGUUGAGGAUUUUUAGUAAUUGUGAAAAAUUUAUUUGCGUUUGAAUUUAAUGCAAUUAAUUAAUUUACAUAAACACACAACUUGUGCGCCAAUAUCAUCAAUUUAAUUAAUUGAAUUUGAUUUAAUUUUUACGCGCGCUGCCACAUUGAUUAAACACAGUAUGAACGGAUUAAGUUACAAAACCAACGAAACAUUUAAAUUAAACCAAAAACAAUUAAGUUAAACUACUUAAAUAAACGUGUGAAAUUUUCAAUUAAAAGUUUUUGCAAACUGAAACAAAUAAACUAAAAACAUUUUAUAAAGUUCCUAUAUUAAAAAAAAAAAUAAAAAACUAUUAUAAAAAAAUAUAUGUGCAUUGCCUGAAAACAUGGAGCACUCAGCAUUUGAAGAUGGAAUAUUUAGUGAUUUUGCAGGACCUUUAAGUCCUUUGGAUGGUAAACCCUUGACACCCACCUCGGUGGCACAUGGCAUGCACUCAGUAAUGCUAAGUUUACCGCCAGGAGCUACUGUCAUGCAUCAGAGCAAUAAUUCGGAUUUGUGUUCGCAACGUUUGCCGGAUUGUCAAACUUUGCUAUCGGCCGGAUCACCUAAAAUGGAUCCUUACAAAGCUUCCACUCCCGAUUAUGAAGCAAAAAUGGAAUAUGUCACAAAAAUGGGUUGUUAUUCACCUACACAAAAAUAUGAAUAUCUAACAGGAGCCACAAAUGGUAGUGCGGCUCAUAAGUUAGAACAUCAUCAGCAAUAUUCUCCUCCACCGUCUACCACAACUAAUGGUUUACAACAACAUCAUCAUAAACUACAACAAAUGCCCAGUCAUCUGCAUCACCAUCAGCAGCAACCGCAACAACAUCAUCACCAUCAACAGCAACAACAUCAUUCACCCAGUGGCAUGUUAAGUGAUUAUCAUCAUCAUGUCUUGCAGCAACAUUCCAAUGGUAAAUUGGACUAUGAUCCCCAUCAUCAUCAUCAUCAGCAGCCACAACAUAUUUCUCACAUCUAUGGCAGUCCCCAUCACAAUCCCCACCAUAGCCAUGAACUCAUUAACGGCUCUAAUGAGCAACAUAAUAUGUCGUUAACAACAAAUGGCUUAAUCAACACCAACACUUCAAACUCCUCAAGCAAUGGCAAUACCGACGGGGGUCUCUUGCAGCCCUCCUUAGGUGCCGUCGGUCCUUCAACCGUUAUCUCUACAACAAAUUCAAAUACCAAUAGUUUGUCUUCGUCCUCUUCAUCGUCUAAUAAUCUUAACCCAUCACCCACUGGUGGGGGUCUAACGAAUGGCAUGAAACUUAAUAAUAAAGGUAAACAUGAUGAUAUUUGUUCGCCGCCUCCCCAUCAUGGUGUCGAUGGUAUCAAUUCUAAUGGUGUCAACUCAGUGGGCAGUAAUAAUGCCGCCGUAUCGAAUAAUAGUAAUAAUAGCAAUAAUAAUACGCCACCAGCUGUCAAGAAAAACGAUAAAAAGAAGGGUGAUCCAAAUGGCAUAAAAAAGAAGAAGACAAGAACUACCUUUACUGCCUAUCAACUAGAAGAGCUAGAACGAGCCUUCGAAAGAGCCCCCUACCCUGAUGUCUUUGCCCGCGAAGAAUUAGCCAUUAAAUUGAAUUUGAGUGAGUCAAGAGUACAAGUCUGGUUUCAAAACCGUCGUGCCAAAUGGCGUAAACAUGAGCCGCCACGUAAAACUGGUUAUAUUAAGACUAGUACACCGCCCAAUUCCACUUUGAACACCACACUGGCAGCACCCUUUGCCACAUUUCCACAAACAACAACUGUUACACCGCCCGGUAGUAUGGAUAGCUGGACCAGCUAUCAGCCACCCUAUGAAUUAAGUCCACAAUUUAGUUUACUCUCACCGGCGGCUAGUCCCUAUGGUACCUAUACCAGUCAAUAUGGCACAUACGUGCAUGAAUCACAAAUCUUUCCUAUGCGUCACUUUGAAUAUGGUUCACCUACACGUGUAGAAAUGACAACAGCAGGUGCUGGAGCAGAGGAUACACAAAAACUUCAUACACACGAUGGUUCCGCCUACAUGGGACAAUCACCCAUGUUGGGUGGUGAGGAUAAUGGUGGGGCCACACAUUUGCAAGAUGUCAAUACAGUGCAAUUGGUACAUCAGCAAAACGGUUCAGAACCCAAAUAUAUGAGUGUGGGUGCUGGUGGUAGUGUAGCGCAAGCUAUAAACCCCUUAGAAGAAAAUGGCUCAAUUGUUUGUCAUUUAAGUCGUGAUCCUCAACAGCAACAAACGGCUGCUGCACAGCAACAGCAUGAUAAUGGGGUAACAGUACUGAAACAACAUAAUUAUACAAGUGUUGGUACACCGAAUGCCACACAGGAGGAGGAAAACGGUUUGCAAAUAAAAAGUGAAGAAUCCUCUCCUGCACAUCAUCAGCAACAACAACAACAGCAGCAGCAACAACAGAAUGGUGGCGUUAGCCACAAUUAUGUAUUGCCUCCUUUUUUGCAUUAAAAGAAAUGCUGGCACAUCAGAAAACACCGUUAAUGUUUAAUAAUCAACAUACUAUAACGGAAAUACGUAAGAGAUGGCAACAGCGCAAACAACAGGAAAUGAAUUUCAAGUUUAAACAUUUCCGGCGGCCAUUUUGAUGUCAAGACGUUUAUUUUGAAAAGUAUGUAGUGGUGCCUGUGUCAAGCAUUUCUCUUGUUAUAUAGUUUUUUAUUUUGUUUAAUUUUAAAUAUUUUACUAGUAGUUUUUACAAUAGAAUUUUAACAACAAAAUCCAAAGUCUUGUCCAAAAGUUUAGUUUAAGAAAUAUUUGUUCUUUUUUUAACAAAGUUUGUAAAUUUCACCAAAAAUAAUGAAUACAUUCCAAAUGUGCCUUAAAUUAGUUUUAGAGCUAAAAGCCCAGCAGAGGUUUUAAUAAUUUAUCUUAAAUUUAAAAAGCGCGAAAAAAAUGAUUUGUAAAGUUUAUAAAUUGCCUUAGAACUUUUCAAAUCAUUUCUCUCACCUUUAGCUUAUAAGUUUUUAAAGUUCCAUUGCUAGCUGUAAGUUUUUCCUUAAAUAAGUGUAAAUUUUUCUUUAACUCCCAAUGCAUUCCAAAUGUGCCUUUUUUUUAAAACAUAAUUUAUUAAUUUGUACUCUUUUAGAUUUAUAGCAAAAACAAGCAAAAAUCCCAAAAUAAAACUGUUGUGUUUUUUGUGACAAUAAUUAUAUAUUUAUUUAUAAGAUAAUUUCCAAUGUUAAAUUUUUGUGACCAAAAAUAGUCUUAAACUUAUU